GCCGGACAGCCCGAACUUUAUGAGAGACUGCUUUUCGACAAUGAAGAGGUUUGGUCGCGGUGGAUGACCUCGAGAGAUGCCGAAGAGGGUCGCCUCCCCGCAGCGUUGAGUGACUUACCUCUCACGCCCUUCCAGGUCCUCCUAGUUAUUCAAGCCCUUCGACCCGCCGAGUUGCAGCGCUCCAUGAAACAAUUCGCAAAGAAAUGCCUGGGUUUGCCACAUCUGACGCCCUCGAGUGUGAGUCUACAACGACUGUACAAUGCGGAGACGAGAGCGGAGGAACCGAUUCUCAUCAUAAUCAGUCCCGGCGCUGAUCCCUCUCAGGAGCUGGCUGAAGCGGCACAGGCGAGCAUAGGAAAGGGCAACUACCACGAGGUGGCAAUGGGUCAAGGCCAGGCGGACUUGGCCCUCUCAGAGAUCACCUCAGCUGCAGAGUCGGGUAGCUGGGCUUCCGAUGGACCCAAACUCCACCCGAACUUCCGACUCUGGCUCACGACAGAGCCCCAACAGACCUUCCCUUCCACGCUUCUACAGUCAUGCCUAAAAGUGACCUAUGAGGCCCCACCUGGUUUGCGAAACAACCUCAAACGUACCUACGAGAGCUGGAAUGCCGAUUACGUUGCAAAGGCCGAUUCGGCGAGCCGUGCAACUGCGUUGGCCAGUUUGGCCUGGUUCCAUGCUGUUCUUCAGGAGAGAAGGGGCUUCCUUCCACAGGUGAGACAUCUUUUUUUUCCGUGUAGAUUUAGAGUUGGAAGCAGAUGCAGCCAAUGGCUCAGGUGGUAUGUGUUACGACCCGCGCCUGGUACGUGUACUUAG